GUGUGAUUCCUACCCUAAGUAUCAUUGACUAUAGAAGUUAAUAACAACGCAAUGUUUUUAAGGAUAAUUACUUUAAUAGGUUUCAUUGCGCACGGAGAAUGUGCUUCAAACUACACUUUUUCUCCCGAUUUCCUUUUUGGAACUGCAACAUCCUCCUAUCAGGUUGAAGGAGCUUGGAAUGAGUCAGGAAAAGGUGAAAACAAUUGGGAUUAUGUAGCCCACAGGAAUCCCGAAUUCGUUUAUGACGCAAGCAAUGGGGAUGUUGCUUGUGACUCGUACCAUAAAUAUGAGGAGGACAUUGCUCUUCUUAAAAACUUAGGAGCCAAUUUUUAUAGAUUUUCUAUAUCGUGGUCUCGGAUAUUUCCCAAAGGUUAUCCAUACAGUCCGAAUGCAGAAGGAAUCGCAUACUAUAACAAUCUUAUUGAUGCUAUUCUCGCCCAAAACAUAACACCCAUGUUGACCAUCUAUCACUGGGACCUUCCUCAACCCAUCCAAGAAAUCGGUGGCUGGGCAAAUUCGCAUAUCAUCAAAUUAUUUGCGGAAUAUGCAAGAGUCCUCUUGGAAAAUUAUUCUGAUCGCAUUAAAUAUUGGAUCACAUUCAACGAACCUGCUCAAGUUUGUAAUCAAGGUUAUGGAAACAUAUUAAAAGUUCCAGCAUUAAACAUGUCGGGCAUAGCCGAUUAUAUAUGUGGACACAACUUAUUAAAGGCUCAUGCUGCAGUUUAUCACCUAUUCAAUGAUACCUACAGGACUAGAAAUAAUGCUACAAUGGGCAUCACCUUAAGCGCCGAAUGGUAUGAACCGACCACCGCUGAAGAUGAAGAUGCUGCUGACAGAGCCAGACAAUUCAAGAUAGGUAUGUACUCUAAUCCAAUUUUCUCUACAAACGGUGAUUAUCCUCAAGUAAUGAAGGAGAACAUUGGGAGUCGAAGUGCUGCCCAAGGCUUUUCUAGGUCUAGACUUCCCCAAUUCACAUCGGAUGAAAUUGAAUAUAUUAGAGGAACAUACGAUUUCUUUGGACUGAAUCAUUACACCACUAAAAUGAUAAACAACGUGCCAGUAAUAAACAAUUCAGUUUUAUUUGAAAACGAUAUGCAAAGUGAACUGUACCGUAAUUCUAGUUGGCCGAUGGAUGCAUCUCGUAGAGAGGCCAUUGUUCCAUGGGGUUUCCGAAAACUUCUAGCGUGGAUUAAAGACACAUAUAACAACCCUGUCAUUCACAUUACAGAAAAUGGUUGUCCAGAUAGUGGAGAAUUAGAAGAUAAUGUUAGAGUAUCUUAUAUAGGGUCAUACCUUGAAGCACUUCUAGAAGCUAUCAACGAAGACAAUGUGGACGUACGCAGUUAUGCUGUUUGGAGUCUAAUGGACAAUUUUGAAUGGAGAUUUGGAUAUAUAUACCGAUACGGACUUCAUUCUGUCAAUUUUACUGACCCAGAUCUUCCAAGAAGACCAAAAUCAUCAGCCACAUUUUUCAAAAACAUCAUCGCCACCAGGGCUGUUGGAGACUACCCUCCACUCUCUUAAACUAUUUAUUAUUUAAAAAUAAGUGUUUGUUAGUUUUUUUUUUAAUAAAAAAGUAUACUAAAGA